AACGCGGCGGAGAGCUUGCCUCUAAAAAGGGCUGCCCCAGGGCUCCGGUGCGCAACGCCUGCCCGGGACUGCCGGCCCAGAGCUGCCCGGUGCGCACGCAGUGCUUUGGCUGCCCGGUGCCCGCCACGACCAUGGCCGACGAGCCGCCACAGAGCGAACCAGCAGCCGAGCCCGCGGCCGAGGCGCCGCCCACGACCGAACCAGCGGCCGAGGCGCCCCCAGCAGACGCGGCCGCGGGACUCGCGGCGGGCGUGGGCCUCGCCUUCGGCGGCGCGACCGAGAACCUCCAGGAUGUCAUUAAUGUCGUCUUCGACGUCGUGCAAAAACAACAGGUCGUCAUAGCUUCCACCAGGGCGGAGCUCGACCGCCAGCGCGCCGAGCACGAGCUGCUCAAGCAGCGGUUCAGCGACGAGAUGAGCGCCAUGCGGGGCGAGAUCCAGGCUGUGUCGAAGGGCGAGCCCAUCGAGGAGACGAAGCCCUAUUCGGUCGUCGUCGGUUCCCUACCUCCUGAUCAUAGCAAUGAGUGCAUGAAGAAGCUCCUGGAUGAGCACGAAGCGGAAACCGGAGAAGAGCACGCCGUCAGUGAGAUUGAAGACCCGAUCCACGAGAAGAAGUGGGCCGCGGCGCACCAGGUCCUGCACUUUGAUACCGCUGCUGCCGCGUUACGAGCGGUAGAAGCCUUGCACGGGAGAGCCCACCACAAGGGCCCGCCGAAGCCGAAGUCGUCCCCGAAACUCAAAAAGCAGACGACGGCGACGUUCACGGACGUCGGCAGUUCACCUCCGAAGUCCCCGCCAAAACCUGUAGUCCAAUACGAGGAGGAAGAUGAGGAAGGGGACCACCCCGAGCGGACGAUGACGGCCACGAUCAUGCACAACCACCGCGAGCGCCACGGGUUUGAAAGACAACUUUUAGUCAGACACGUCGCGUCAUUAACAGCUUUGGACGAAGUCCUCGGCAUCGUCGACGAGUUCCUGCCGGCGUCGGAGCCGUCGUCGCUGGAUCGGUUUGGGUUGCGUGUCAUUAGAUUUCCGGACCGGGCGGAGGCGCUGAAGGCAGCUUCUGCUUUAGCUGGCCACUUCGUGUGUGGCGCGCGCGUCGAGGCAGGCCCCGUGCACGCCGCGGACUCCAUUUUUAGGUUGGGGGCGGCCCUCGACGAGCUCUGUGGUGUUGAGCCUCGAGAUAGGACUCUUGUGAUCUCGGCCGCGCAACCGGACGCGUCUUCUGAUAUGCUUGCUAAAGCAUUCCGAGACGUAGAGAAAUGUGAAGUAAGGAAGGCCCCGGGCGGCUUCGACUUCGAGAUUGGGCGCGUCGUGUUCACUUCAGAAAAAGGGUUGGAGGAAGGUCUUGCAAGGUUGGAGGGCGCGCGCGUGCGCGGAGGCACGCUGUCCGGAGCACCAGCUUUGGAGGAUCGCCUUGCACCAAGAGUAGCGAGAUUAGAAGCAAGCCUCGACAAGAUCGCUUCCGGUCAAGACGCCUUCCUCGACGCGAGCGACAUCGCGGACCUGGCUAGAAUGAAAGAAGUCACGGCUCUAGCGGAACGCGUCGACACGCUCGAGGCCGAUUUGAUAGCGGAAAUAGCCAGGCGGGAGGCCGAGCCGGGCCUGCGCAGUCCGCCCAAGUCGCCGCCGAAGAUGAACUUCGACGCCGAGCUCGAGAAAUUGAGCCAGCGCCUGGAUCUGCGCGUCGACGCGCUGGAGGACGCGUUGGAGGCGCUGCGGGAUCAGCGGGCCCGGCCCAUGGUGGUCGAUGGGGGUGACGUCGACGAGGCCGGGUUAAUUGCCAAAGCUUCUGUGUUGACGCUGGCGAAGCUCGCGGAGGUCGGUGUGGUGGAGAAGGACGGCGCGGAGUUCGUAUUGGCGGAGACCAUCAAGAACGAGACGUGUAUUGCGUAUUGUGAUGAUGCCGUGAAGCCGUUCCAUGAUCUCUCAGAGAGAGUGGCGGCGAACUCGCAGGCCGUCUCGGAACGAAUGGGACGGGAGGAGUUCGCGGGCAUCGUCACGGCAUCGAUAGCGGGCGGCGAGACCUCACUCAAGCCUUUGUUGGAUUUUGUGGAGGCGCAGCUUACGGUUCUGCGAGAGACCAAAGCUGAUAAAAAAGACGUCGAGCGGUCGAUGAACGAAGUCGUAGCGACGCAGGACCAAGCGAGGGAGGACCUCAAGCAGAAGGUAGACGGCGACCUCGCCGUGCUGUCUGAAAAUACAAACCGUACGUUAGAUGAACACGGCCAAAAGAUCGAGGUCCUCGAGGAGGCCGUGGAGGAAAUUCGCGGGCAGAUCGGCGGCCCGGGCCUCGAGGAUUUCGCCGCGAAGCAGAAGAAGAUCGACGCGGAGUUGCAGAAGGCCGUCGAAUUGCAGCACCAGGGCCUCGAGAAGGCCACGGAGUCGCUGGAGCACGCGAUGGCGAUCCUGAAUGGCCUGCCUUCGACAGAUACUGUUGUCCAAAUGAUCGACACGUCCCGAGACGAACUGUCAGAGUUCGUCGACGAGGUCACGGGAGCUCUGAAGCUGAAUCUGGAAGGCGUGAGGAGAGACGUCGUCCGAAAAACAGCAAGGGAAGAUGUGCUGCGGUUGAUCGCGAAAGCUCUCAGGGAGGCCAUGGACCGGUUGCGGCCCCACGACGACGCGCUGAUGAUCGGCCGGGCGCCGGUGCGGUGCAUCGCGUGCAACACGGUCAUGGACUCCGUGCAUGGGGCACCAGCAGCAAAAGUGAUCCACGGGGCGUUGUCGGCCCAGUCGGCGACCCAUGCUGAGGGCACAUCGCGCCUGGGCUCGGUGCAGGAGCACCGGGCCAACGUGGUCAUCCAGGCGUCGUACGCGACCGGGAGGGCCGGCGCGCUGCGACCGCUCGUGAAGGCGACUUCUCCUGGAAUUCCUUUAUCUGCGCCGCGGAGCCGGUAAGACAGAAGAUUUAUUUAGU